AACAUAUAAGUGAACAAACAGACAUGUUUUUGAAGUUGAUCUUUUUUGUGCUAUUGACAUAUGGAUUGACAUAUGGAUUUAUCAACACCACAGAUGCCUUCAGCACUUCAAAUAAUACUGCAGCUUCUGCCUAUGGUGAAAGAGGCAAAAUUGAACUGAAUACCUGUUGCAAAGAAAUUGUUAUUACAGCUGGGAAUGGAGGUUCAGGGAAAGUUGAAAAACGAUCUGUAGACAAUAGAAAACCAAUUAGGCCACUAAAAACGUCAGAAGUGUUAGAUGACACAAAUCCUUGUUUGCCCAACCCCUGCCUACACAAAGCACUGUGUGAAUGGACCCCCAGGAGUACCCCUCCAUUUAUCUGCCACUGUCCCGUGGGUUACGUGGGGAAGUCGUGCGAAAAGGAAUCAGGCGGUAUCAAGCCAGAAGGUGGAGAAACUAUCCCCAAAGAAAAGGAUAUGACGUUUGUUAACGUCAUAAAAAUGAUUGAUGGUCCAACAGCUACCCGGAUGGCGGUCAUCUUCGGUGCAACUGUACUUGGGAUUGUGCUUAUCAUCAUCAUCCAUUGCUGCAGGGUGCUAAGUAGAAAGCAAAAGGAGGAUGCUGCAUAUUUGAAGAGGCUUCAGACAGGCGACAUUCCUAAGACCCUACCCCCGGGCUGCUGUGAACUGAGUAACGUAGUGUUCUUUGAGACGUUGUGCUGUCUGGGGGCCAUCAAAGAAAGCAUCAAGAAGGAGACAGCCGAAGUUGACGUCAAUCAGUUGGUUUCUGAAUUAAAACUGGUGAGAAGUAUGUCCAGAAUGUCAAAGGUACCUGACAGAUUAAUCCCAGAGGAGAGAGGAAGCAAGCAGUCGCUAAAAUCUAGUCGAAGUAAAAGAACCUCUGAUCAAAGAAUUCAUCGAGAGAGAAGACCAAUGCCAGAGUCUAAAAUUAAUCAAACUGCAGAUAAGAAAGACGAUUCUUACAUCAUCAAUUUUGAGGGCAGAGAAACAGAUAUGGACAACACUAAAGUUGACCUCGAUUACCCAGAGAGUCUGAAGUUUUCAACGAGAUCUCAACCAGCAUCCGUAGAUGAUGAUGAACAGAUUAUCAGUAAAACAAGAUGUAGCUGUGGCCGAGUAAUAACUGCUAGGGCACAGCCACGCGGACCGAAGCCUGAACGAUCCAAAUCUCUACUGUUGAAUGCAUCAAAGUCUAACCAGGUAGUAUACAAUGAAGAAAGUGGCCGGCAAAAAAGCCACACGAGAGUCUGUUCACUUCAUGGAGGGUCCUAUCAAUCUGCCAUAGACCAAACAAAGCCAAGUAGACAUGCUGAUAAUCUGGAAAAUCAAAGAGGCAGCAGAGUUUGUUCACUCGAGCAAAGGUCUCAUCAGUCCCUAACAUCAAAACGAAGUGGAGUGUCGUGUGAACAUAGUCGUAUGACAAAGGACAAUGGCGAACCAUUACUGGAACCCGUUGAAGUUCAAUAUGAUGAUGAAGCAUAUCCAGUGGGAUUGCGACAGCCUGAUUUGCAGAAGUCUACUCAGACGUUAACAAGAAAGGAAGAACAAGAACAUUGCAGUAUUUGUCAGCCAAAACAUGGUUCUUUCAUCCAUCAUUCUCACCAAGGAAAUUUCAAGUCAGACACACAGUUGGGAAGAAAAAUUUCAGCACAAACCCAGACAACGCCACAGUUCUUUUCACCAACGAACCAGCCGUCUUCCAACCACAUGCAGACGACUUCAGUCAAACGGCCUAUUUCACCAUCUCCAGUGACACCCAUCCAAUACCAACCAUCACAGCACUCUGGAUUUGUACGUGUAGACAAAUCACAAAACUUUCCAUCUUGUCCACUUAAUCUAAGCCCCGUGCAGAGUGUUCAUAAUACAGAAUCCAUGGGGAUGCAGAAAAGACUUUUCUCCUUUGAAGACUACAUUGCUAAAGAAUUGCAGGAAAACAAUUCGAACACUCCAAAUCAUCAACCAGUCGCAGGAGAUGGGAUUACUUAUUCUCAUCACAGUAUCAAUAAAUAUAGUAAUCGUACGAAUUCCAUGCCUUCUUCAUCUUUGCUUCGCAGACGUGAGAAUGUUGGAAGGAACUAUUCAGAACAAGGCGGCGAGAAACUGCGGAGCAACUUCAUAUUACACCCUGAGAGAUCGAGUCAGUAUCUACAAGACCGAAUACAGGAACAUUAUUCCAAACCUUCAUUUCAUUCUUAUCGAGACAUGUACCUCCAAGAAAAUAGGGAAAGGAGGAGGUCCAAUCAACAGUUUUCAAACGGUGACGUUCCAGAGCAGCAAGGCUCAAGAGUUUCUAUGAAUAAGCGUUCAAGAGAAGAUGAAAAGGAAUGGUUUGUAAAAAAUUAUGAACCAAUAGGAUCACGUAUGAACGCAAGGCGCAGUUAUUCGCAGCCAGAAGUGUAUUACAAACCUAGAGAUGUUUCCAAUCACAACGAAAUUUACUAUGAUAAAGAGUACCUACCAAAAUAUACCGAAUAUAUGAAUAAUGAAAACGAACAUGUUGUAAUGCCAAUUCACAGAGUUCCCAACACACUGCCUUCUUCAAAUCCAUACCAGACAACGUAUCGGGAACAUUUUGGGGUGGUGCAGAACACAAGAAACCGGGCACGAAUGGAUCGCCAAUUCGUAGAUUCCGGAAUCGAAGUGAAUGGGAGCAGAGAAACUGAAUCCAGUGAAAGAUACCGACGUAUGGCUCGCGGAUCUCCCCUUUCUCAAUAUCUACAAGCAGUAGAAAAAUCAAAAAGCUCUGACUAUAGACCAGACAGAGGAAGGAGAAAAGAAAGGGAAUAUGAUUUUGAAUCUCGAUCCUCCAGCCGAGAGCGUGGUUAUGGUCAGGGACCUUCAACGUCAGUUGGGCGUAAUUUAGAAGAUGAUCGAGAGGUACUGAACUUUUUGAGCGAAAGGAGAAGUGUUAGUAGUUUUGUUGAAGCAGCUCAUAGCAGUCCAGAAGAUACCAGGCAGUCUCGCUUCAGUAAGUACAUGGGUCAAAGGCGUCGAUCGGCCCCUACAGGAGCUGUCCCAUAUGAUGUGGAGGAACGCGAAAUAAAUACACAGAACGAAGAGGAUGUUCUAGAUUAUCUUCGUCAGAAAAAGACCGUCAGUGCUUUAGUGGAGAACAGCCGAGAAACAAUGCCAAGGACUUUUGUUCGUCAGUAUGAGGAAACCCGACAUAGAAACAUACCUCCUCGUGAACGAGAUCGGGAAGAGGAUGAAGAGGUUUUGUAUUAUCUGCGGCAAAGAAGAAGUGUAAGCGGUAGAUCGGAAGAAGAAAGUCAGGAACGAGAGAGGAUCAUGCAAAGUGUGAGGGAGGAUUAUGAAGAUGUAGGGCCUCCAGCUUUAAAUACCAUGGGGCACCUCAACGAGGAAUUGAAGUAUACGAAAAUGUUUGCCAAGAAUACUGUGGCAUAUCCGCCAGCAGCUGCAAAGAUAGGGGAAAGAAAAGACAUUAAGGUGCCUAUCAUGUCCAGAAACGUGUUUACUCCGCCGCCUUCAAAUAGAGGAAGUCCACAGAGGCAUGUAGCAAAUAAUGACGAACAGUCUACACCGUAUCAAGAAUUCUUGAGGAAAAGCAUGAUUCGUUUUCCCGUGAAAGAUAUUGAUAUACGUCGUUCAAGAGAUGCCCUGAAAGGUAACAGACUGCAAGAGUUGUUAAAUAAAGAUAAUGCACCGACUGAGAAAGCAAAAGACCACACAUCUUCCUCUUCGGGAGCUUCCUCGAAAAACCCUUACCGGCGAAACUUGGGGCAUUAUGGAAAUAAUACCAGUAAUAAUAUCGGGUCAAUGUCCCACUUAAACCUUGCACCGGAAGGAUUCCAAAGCGAUCCACUGCAUGAAAAUGAAAGAGUGGGAAUUCAAUACAACAACAAGCCCUCACCUGUAAGAGGAGAGUCAUUCCCUGAUCAGAGGCAGUUUCUACAGCAAGUAAAACGGAGAGGCAACGAAGAAGGUUGGAAUUAUCAGAACAGAAGCCAACGUCCAAGGACUUCAACAGGCGAGGGCAGGGAUCUAACUCUCAACCGAUCGCAAGACAUUUCUCAUUUUGGUAACGAUAGUAGUUUAUGCGCUAGGAGACCAAGUCCAAAACACAGUACUCCAAAAGAUUCUCCGGUCGACCCGGAGCUACAGAGAAUCUGGGAGAGUCGAACGAAUCAGCAACAACAGACAGGGUCACUCCUGGAAGUUAUGCGCAAUAGUCAAACAAUUCAGGAUAGAUUUUUGUCCAAACCCGAUAAUAUCAGUCACCAAAGAACUGAACGCGAUCAUAUAUUUAACGACGGUUGGGCUACUGAUGCUGGAUCGCCAACAAGGAGAAGACGUAGUAGAGAAAUGAUAUAUCGAAACCAAGGAUUGGUUCAGGAUAAUCAAUCUCAGCAUGACGUGUCAAAAACCGGCAGCAGAAGUAUCCCCAACUUACAAACAUUGAGUUCUUUUCAAGGUGUACCUGCAUCGAGGUUUCACAGUAGGGUAUCUGAAACUUUGUUGGGGCCACAAAGCUUACUGAGUGAUGGACAUCAGGUUCAAAGACCAUCUUUCAUUGGUUAUCAUCAGUCACGUGAUAUUCCUGUUCAUUAUAAUCGUGGACAAAGAAUACCGAGCAAUAAGGAGGCAUUUGACUCUGAUGAAUCUAUUCCAAAAACUCCACCACCCCCUCCGCAUUAUUAAUAUUUAGAAUUUUGAUAUAUUUUUCCCAAUUAUUGAGAAUUUUAAAUUUUUCAAGGUUGUACAUUAAAUACAUAAACAAAAUUAUGGUUGCCAAAAUAUGCCAGAACUAUUUGACCAAAUGUGAACAA